GCCUCGCUGAGGGCCGGGGAGGUCGUUCGCUGGGGUGGGGGGAGCCGGGUCCUCCUCCGCCCCGGUCCCCCCCUUCGGUGUCUCCGCGCAAGGCUGGGAGGCUCCGCUCGCAUGGAGCAACUGCGGCCGCGGCUGCUGAGGACCUACACGGGGCUGAGGGGGCGAGCGAGCCGCGGAGGACGAGCGGGAGGCAAGGCCGGGCUGAGGCUCCUGCCGCGGGCGGCUCCCUGGAUCUCGCCCCCCGCCGACCCCAAGGGCCUCUUCAGCACCAGCUCCUCCGGGGGGACCUCCUACUCUUCGGCCGCCUCCUUCGACGACUACGACCGCGACCCGGAUUUCCGCCCGCCCGCCCAAGCCCGCAAGGCCCGCCCUCCCCCCGCCAAGAAAGGAGGCAAGAAGAGGAAGAACCGGGGGCCCCCCAAGGAGAACAAGCCUCCCCCGCAAGGGAGCCAGAUCAGCAACAGCAGCCGCUCUUUCGUGCCCGCCACCCCCCUCCGCAGGAACGUCACCUGUCGACGGCCCGAGAAGGGCCCCGCUCGUCUGCGGGGGGCUCCUCUGCUGUGCAGCACUCCCGAGAGGCCCCUCCUGACCCCAUUGGGGGCCACAAGGAGGUGGACCCCCCAGGAGGAAGAAGAGGAGAAAGACCCCCACAGCCCCGUCUCCCACCCUCUGGGUCGCCACCGCACGUGGGAAGUGUUCCGAGAAGGCCGCCGGGAGUCCCACCAUGGGGUCCUCCUGGAGCUGAGCAUGCUGAAGAUGGACGAAGAGGGGCAGGAAAUGGGAGACUCUCUGCAGCUCUUCAGCCCGGAGGAGGAGGCCAGACCGUAUCCCCAGAAGUCCCUGCAGGGCGGUUCCCCGAUGGACCCUGCGCAUCCGGAGUGUUUCAGGGAGACGACCGGCUCUCCCAUCCAAAGCACUUUGCAGUGUUGCGAGUCUCAAAGUGGGAUGGCAGCCUCCCCGGUCAGGCGAGAGCAGAGGCCGGACCAGGAGUCCGAUCGAGAUUGCGCUCCGGUGCCGUCAUCGUCGAUGGAAGCGAGCCCUGCAGCCCGAAGCCCUAUUUGCGGCGUUUUCCAACUUCAAGCCAGAAUGCAGGAUGGCAAAGUUGCACUCUUUCCCCCGAAAGAGGCCGUUUUUCUUGCUGAGGAGCGAGAACUGAGCUUCGCUCAGGACCUUAGUCCUCCCGAGGAGAUGGUUGGCUGUAGGAUUUCGGAAGGAGCGAGCGACCACGGUAUCGUUCCAAACAGCCUCCCGUUCCAGCCGGUUGUGGUUCUGGAUAAUCAGGUGGUUUUGAAAUGGUUGGCGAAUCGGUCCACCAGAAAGCAAAAGGCUUCCCGUUCCUUGAAGAAGAAAAAGCUCUUCCUGGCCCAGUCUCCCCACGUCCUGCCUAAAACCUCCGAUUCCAGGAACAACCACCGAGUGGCCCUCGGUUGUAAUCCUGGAGGGACUGGCCGGAAAGCUUGCAUUAGCGGCUUCAGUUUGAACCGUUGGGGGCGCCGGAAAGUGGAUCGAGUGUCACAUGGGCAAAACACAGGCUGGAAACAGCAAGCUGAUUCUCUCCUCCUGCAGGAACGGCUGAAGUGGCACGAGAUCGAAGACCAACUUUCCGUCUCUUUCGUACCUUUGGACUCCUCCCUCAAAAAUUCCAGCUUGUGGCGUAGAAUCCGGGCUUCUUUUUCCCUCCAUAAAAAGAAGAAAAUCCUCUCCGAGGCCGAAAGCCUGAACGGUAGCACCGCCACCUAUUAUUCGGACCAGUCUCCUCUUCCCAAGGCUUGCAAUACCCCUUUCACCCAAAAGCUGGGCUAUUCCAUCUGUCCGUCUUCCUCCAUGGUGCUGCUGUCGUCCAUGACCUCUCUCUCCAUCUUGGAGACGACUUUGACGGAUGCUGAAAAAGUCUACAGGGAAUGCCAGCAGGAGGGGCCUGUCCCUUUUGAGGAGUGGAUAUCUCGAGAAAAGAUGCCGAAGUGUGAAAAAAUCGGGGAAGGGGUAUUUGGGGAGGUUUUCAAAACCGAGACUGAAAGGGGAACCGUGGCUUUAAAAAUAAUCCCCAUCGAAGGGAGCGAGCGAGUGAACGGCGAACCGCAGAAGACUUUUAGUGAAAUCUUGCCCGAAAUCAUCAUUUCCAAAGAACUGAGCCUCCUCGCCGAUGAGGCAGUUAACCGAACCUCGGGUUUUAUCCGGUUAUAUUCCGUUCACUGUGUCCAAGGCACUUAUCCCGAGCAUCUCUUGAACGCGUGGGACGAAUACCACCGGCUGAGGCAGUCCGAAAACAACAGGCCAGAUUUCUUCGGCGACCAGCAACUCUUCAUGGUCCUGGAGUUUGAAUUUGGAGGCACAGAUCUGGAGAACAUGAGGAACCGGCAUCUGAGUUCGGUGACUUCGGCAAAAAGCAUCCUGCACCAGGUCACGGCUUCGCUGGCCGUCGCCGAAGAAGCCCUCCGCUUUGAACACAGAGACUUACACUGGGGCAAUGUGCUGGUGAGGAAAACCAGCUUAAAAGAAGUGGCUGUUACCUUGAAUGGGGAAGUCCGUGUCCUUCCCACUCACGGCAUUCUGGUGAACAUCAUUGAUUAUACUUUUUCCAGGCUGGAGAGGGACGGUUUAACAGUGUUUUGUGACCUUUCCACCGACGAAGAGGUGUUCCAAGGAGGAGGGGAUUACCAGUUUGAUAUUUAUAGACAGAUGAGAGAAGAGAACGCAAACAACUGGGCCGAUUAUUUCCCCCACAGCAACAUUCUUUGGCUUCACUAUUUAGCGGACAAACUUUUAAAAGAGGUGACUUACAAAAAAAAGGCCAGCACUUCCUCCCUGAAGCAUGUACAGAAGCAACUCAGGAUGUUCUCUGCAAAUGUUCUCAAUUUCAAGUCUGCCACUGAGCUGCUUAAGCUGGGGGCUUUCUUCCAGUGAAUAAACCUGAGCUUGGAGGACUGAGGGAGAGUUUUUAAGCCGCCUCGGACGCUUUAGGAAAAAAAAUAAUUUCGCACACGGUACCCCAAUUUUUAAAACCAUAUUAUUGUCAGAGUGGCUUGGCUGUGUUGCUUUGCGUUAUGUUUAAUUAGAGGGGGACCCCAGCUCCCCCCCCC